AUGUCUUCCAUUUCUCAAACUGACCUAGCUAACUUGGAUGACGGAUCCAAGAAGGAGAUUAUGAACUUUUUGGAGUCUGAGAACUCCAAGCAAAAGGUCCAAAUGUCUAUCCAUCAGUUUACGAAUCUAUGUUUCAAGAACUGUAUUACCAAUGUCCAUAACGCAGACUUGUCGUCCCAAGAAGAGCAAUGUUUAAACAACUGUGUCAACAGAUUUUUGGAUACUAACAUCAGAAUUGUCAAAGGUUUGCAGUCUAUUCAGUGA